AUGCACUCGUUGAAGGAACUGCGCGCAGAGAACGCAGCAAAACGGCUCAGCAGUGAUCGCACGGCCGAAGAUGCGGAUGGUACCUCGUCCCCGGCCGCGGCACCAACAGCAACACCUGCUGCUACUGCUGCGCCACGUGCAGGGAGGACGCUUGCACCGAUCGGCUCCACCGGCUCUCUUCCUCCAUCAGACGCAGCAGCACCAGCAGAACCAACCGCGGGUGAUGACGACGCCCAACAGCGUGAAGACCGAGAGGCGAGAAGACGGAGACGCCUGAGAAGACGGCGAGAACGAGAACAGCGGGAGAACGCCGGCGGCGACGACAAUAGCAAGGUUAGCGUCGACGACAACACAACGGCUGUGUCAGGUACAUCGCAGACGAGCACUUCACGGAUGGAUGAGGAUGAAGAAGGAGGAAGUACACCCACUGCUCGUGAUACGGGCGCACCCCUAGAAGGAAGAGCGGGCAGAGGUUCGAAAAGGGAAAAUAACGAACGGGUCGGAGCUGGACCGCCAAGAAGCCGCCAUCCGCCUGCAGCAGGGGCCCCUUUUGUUGCGGAGGAGAAAGCCGCAGGCGGCGACAAGAAGGUUGAUCCUGAAAAAAGUAGAAGUGAUUUAGAAAAGCCUCUCAGUGCGCGUGGAGCUCCUCCAAAAGAAAAGCCUAAGAAGGAGCUUACGCCACUUGAGGCAAGAAGAGCACGUAUCGAGCAGCAAAAGCGGGAAGAGGUUGAGCGGACAUCAGGGGGCUCUAUCGAAUCACCUCGAUCGGGGGGGGCUAAUCUGCCACGGGAAACACUAGACACGAAGGGCGAUGCGAAAUCUCGGGGCCAGGCCGAACGUGCCAAUAGCCGCAUUGAUUCUGAUCGGGGAGAUUCAGCCAGAGAUACCGGCAGCAGGAACAACAACCGGACCGGCCAAGCAACUGCAACAGGCAGCCUUCAAGCUGGUGGGAGAGGCUCGGGCGUAGAGCAUAACGUAGGAAAGGAGGGUACUCCAGCUGUGCAAAGUGACAACGAGGUGGGGGGCAGCGGUACGGAACACGAUCCACUCAUUCCCGAGGGCAGAACCUCAGAGCGAAAGCCUAGAAACGGCGACGGCGCCGUCACAGGAAAACAGCCGGAGACAGCCCAAGAGGAGAAGAAGGCCGAACGCGAAGCGGUGCAAACCGCGGGAGACGCUGAUGGAGUCGGAACCGCAGCCCCCGGUGACAACGCCAACGAUCUCCUCGAGGGUGCCGCUGGUGGCGAUGGUGGCCGUUUCCGAGGGAUGCGAAGCCGCAUGAAGCAAGCGGGGAAGGGCCUGAUGACAAAGAAGAGCCCAGCGUCGUCGGUUCGUCGAGGGAAAGAAGCCGAGAACCAAGCCAGCAGCGGAACCGCAAGAAAGGAAGACGAACACCCUGGGACAGUGGGGCGCACGAGCUCUGGAACGACGGGGGGCACGAGCUCUGGCGAUGCCUUGUCCGACACGGAAGGCGAGCGUGAAGAGGAAAGGGCGGGGAAGGCUGGAGGAGAAGACAACAGUCUGAUUGGAGCCGGCGGCGUCCAGAAUACACCAGAAAAUCGAGGCGAUGACUCCGACACGGCAAGUGAGACGGAGGACCAAGAUGAGUUCGAUGCAGAUAGAGACGAAGGUGGUCAGGAGCGGAAGAACAAAUGGACACGGAGCAAAGACAAGAGCUUGGCCGACGCCCCGCUAACGGGAGACAAAGAAGUAACGCUAGGUCACGUGGUCGACCGAAAAAUGCGGGAGAUGGGCUACAUCAGAAAACCGGCCGUGAACGAGCUGAAGAACCGACGUUCCCUCCGGGAUAGGGUGGCCGCAGAAGGCGCACCGGAGGUGCACUUUAUAGGGGAGAUCUCGGGGGCGGAAGGCUUUGGGUCGGGGAUCUCCUGCCGCUUUCGCGUCGAGGGCGGUCGGCACUGGACUUGCCUGGCGGGUCUCGAGGAGGGACAGACGCACGUGAUGCACAUGGACUACGGAGACACGUUCGCGCCGUGGAAUCACCCGGUUGACCUCCACUACACUACCAAGAGCAUACAGGGGUGGCCUCGUAUGAUGCUGCAGGUGUGGCAGUUGGAUACGCACGGCCGGAACGUGCUCAGGGGGUACGGGUUUCGUCAUCUGCCGUCCACCCCUGGCUUUUCCGAGGUUUCGGUACCGUGCUGGAGACCGAGCGGCAGCAUGCAGGAGGAAACGGCGGCCUUCUUUCUCGGGGUUACGCCUCGUCUCACGGCCGAGGAUGCCGUUUUUAACAGGGCGUGGGAUCAGCGAUGCCGGCUCAUCACGCUCCCGGCGGGCACGGUUUGGCUCCAGAUGCACGGGCUGUUUCGUAACCUGGAGGACCAAGGGGUGGACAAUAUUUGA